AUGCCGCCCAUCACCCGGAAAGGAUCAGCAACCCUGAAGCAGCUGAAGAUUCAAUUGGACGAUUUGAAAUCUUCGUUCGAUGACAUUUCGUCUUUCAUUCAGAAGUUCUCUGAUGAAACAACCGCCACUCAGGUAGAAGUUCGGUUAUCAAAAAUUGAAGAAUUGUGGGAGAGAUUUAGCGAGAACUUGGUUGAGCUAAAAUCUCAGGAUGAUUUUGAGGAUGAAGAGGGUUAUUAUGCAAAGCUUCGCAAACAGUUGAGCGAUCGGUACUAUGAAUCCAAAACUUUCCUAUUGGACAAGAGUAAGCUGCUUCGGGAACCGUCUGAACUGGAAAAGUCUACCCAUGAGCCGAAAAUGCAAGGUGUGGUUGAUCAUGUCCGAUUACCACAAAUCAAUCUCCAGACGUUCAGCGGGGACAUCGACGAUUGGUUGAGUUUUCGGGAUCUAUUCACCUCGUUGAUUCAUUGGAGAACCGACUUGCCCGAGGUGGAGAAGCUGCAUUACCUUAAAGGGUGUCUUCAAGGGGAGCCGAAAAGCCUGAUCGACUCGUUGAAGAUCACCAAGGCGAAUUACCAGAUCGCUUGGGACACGCUAUUGAAGCGAUAUAACAACAACAAGUUGCUGAAGAAGAAGCAAGUCCAAUCAUUAUUGAAGCUUCCGACCCUAAGUAAGGAAUCCGUAUCCGAACUGCGCAACUUUGUUGAAAGCUUCGAACGUAACAUUCAAACCCUCGAUCAGAUCAUCGAACCAGCGGACUACAAGAACCUGUUGCUGGUAAAUCUCAUCACCAUGCGGUUGGAUCCAUACACCCGUCGUGCCUGGGAAGAAUGUUCGGCCUCCAAGGAACAAGAUUCGCUGGAGGAGCUCACGGAAUUCCUUCGUAAGCGGAUCCAACUACUGGAAUCACUCCCUCCAAGGCAAGCAGACUCCAAGGGCGUCCACAACCAACAAACGGCUCCAAAACCCAAAUUUCCAGCGCUGAAGGCCAGUUACAAUUCCGUUCAAUCGAGCGGGGGAAGAUGUGUGGCUUGUGAGGACAACCACCUUCUAUAUCAAUGCUCCGCAUUCCAACGACUAUCCGUGGCGGACAGGGACUCACUAUUGAAAUCCAACGGACUCUGCCGAAAUUGCUUCCGAUCCGGUCAUCAGGCAAAGGAUUGCCAAUCCAAGUUCUCCUGUCGGAAGUGUAAUCGUCGGCACCAUACCCUAGUGUGCUUCCAACCGGAGAAGGGCGCUACCAUGGCCGCAGCAGCUGCUGGGAGGAAUAAUCUCUCAAACUCUCAAGGUUCCAAGAGCUCCAAUUCGAAUCAACCGGCUAGCGGGGCGACCACGAACACCACGACAUGCAAUGUGGCUCAGAAGAUUUCAUCGCCAGUCCUACUAGCGACUGCGGUGGUCAUCGUCGAGGACGACUUUGGUACAAGGUUCAACGCUAGAGCUCUUCUGGACUCUGGCGCUGAAAGUAACUUCGUUUCGGAGCGACUGAGCCAACGAAUGAAAUUAUCCAGAGAAAGGGUCGACAUUUCAGUUCUUGGUAUAGGGCAGACAACCAGCAAAGCCAAGUACCAGGUUCAAAUGAUGGUUCGCUCGCGAGUUUCGGAAUAUUCGCGGGAUAUGAGCUUCCUAGUAUUACCCAAGGUUACCGUGAAUUUGCCCACAACCCCAAUCAACAUGGAAGGAUGGAAGUUACCGGAUGGAAUCCAAUUGGCGGAUCCAGCUUUCUUCCAAUCCAAGGGAGUCGACAUCAUCCUAGGCAUCGAGAAUUUCUUCGAGUUCUUCGAAACUGGGCGAAGACUUUCUAUCGAGAACCAUCUCCCAAACCUCGCGGAAUCGGUAUUCGGAUGGGUAGCCAAUGGUGGCUGCUCAACACCAAGCAGAUCCACUCAAAUCAGCUGCCAUUUCUCAGCCACUAUGGAACUGGAGAAGCUGAUGGAACGGUUCUGGUUAUGCGAAGAAGUAGAAUUCUCCAAUUCCUUUUCUCCAGAAGAAAAACUCUGUGAGGAGCUGUUCCAACGUGGGGUCCAAAGAGGUUCGGACGGUCGGUACACUGUUCCCUUACCAAAAAAUGAAGAGGUUCUUCCAACUCUUGGCGAGUCACGGGACAUCGCAUUCCGACGUCUUCUUGGAACAGAACGACGGUUGGCAAGGGAUUCCAAUUUACGGGAACAGUACGUCGCGUUCAUGGAUGAAUACCUGAAAUUGGGGCACAUGCGAAGGGUCGAAGACGUCGCAACGGAGUCAACCAAACGGUGUUAUCUACCUCAUCAUCCGGUGGUCAAGGAGGCGAGUACCACCACCAAGGUCAGGGUUGUCUUCGACGCCUCAUGCAAGACAUCAUCCGGAGUGUCCUUGAACGAUGUGCUUCUGGUGGGACCAGUUGUGCAGGAGGAUAUGAGAGCAAUCAUUCUACGGAGCCGGACAAAGCAGAUUCUCCUCGUAUCGGAUGUUGAGAAAAUGUUUCGGCAGAUCCUUACUUCGUCAGUGGAUCGACCACUACAGUCGAUACUCUUCCGGUUUUCACCCGACGAGGACGUUACGGUAUACGAGCUAGAAACCGUCACGUAUGGAACCAAACCCGCUCCCUUUCUAGCAACUCGUACUCUUCAGCAGCUGGCAGCUGACGAAGAAACCCGUUUCCCGCUCGCAGCAAAGGCAAUUCGUGAGGACGUCUACAUGGACGACGUAAUCACUGGCACGGAUGAGCUAGAAACAGCUAUCUCCCUCAGAUCCCAACUAACGGAGAUUAUGGAAAGCGGUGGUUUCAAGCUCAGGAAAUGGUCCUGCAAUAUUCCCGCAGUUUUGGAAGGCGUACCCACGGAGAAUCUGGCUAUUCCCAAUAGUACCGGAAUCAACCUAGAUCCGAACCAAUCGGUCAAAACGUUGGGCCUGACAUGGAUGCCCAACACCGAUACCCUACGAUUCCAGUUCGAAGUCCCGCAGUUAGAUCCUCAUAUCCCACUAACGAAGCGCCGUAUCCUAUCACUCAUCGCUACGUUAUUUGAUCCUCUUGGCCUGAUCGGAGCUACGACAGCAUCUGCCAAAAUCUUGAUGCAGCACCUGUGGACGCUAGAGGACAGAAACGGUAACCGGUUGGAUUGGGAUCAACCAGUACCUCCAACGGUGGGUGAGAACUGGCGGAAAUUCCACGAAAAACUUCCACUUCUGAACCAAAUUCGUGUCGAUCGUUGUGUUAUCAUACCCUAUGCCACGGCCGUGGAGAUGCACUGCUUCUCGGAUGCUUCUGAAAGGGCGUAUGGUGGUUGCAUCUACCUACGAAGUCAGGAUUCCAGCGGAGCAAUCAAGGUUCGACUCUUAUCAUCCCGAUCCAAGGUGGCUCCACUCCGUUGUCAGUCUAUCCCUCGAUUAGAGCUCUGUGGUGUGCUCUUAUUGUCCCAGCUAUACGAGAAGGUCAAAAACUCUAUUCGGUUGGCGGCUCAGACGUACUUCUGGACGGAUUCCACAUGUGUGCUGCGUUGGAUCGAAUCUACACCAGCAACUUGGACCACGUUCGUUGCCAACAGGGUGGCAAAAAUUCAAACGCUAACGGAAGGAUGGCAAUGGAGACACGUACCCGGUACAGACAACCCAGCGGACCUAAUAUCACGUGGAGUGUCACCUGAAGACAUCGUCCACAACGAACUCUGGUGGGAAGGUCCGUAUUGGUUGAAGCAAGCUCCAGAAUCAUGGCCUGGUGCUGUUGAAGAAAACCUAGAAGCAGGAGAGGAAGAAAGGCGCCGCGCCGUAGUUGCGUGUACCGGAUCAUCCGUAGCGGAAUUCAAUGAAAUGUACCUCAGCAAAUUUGGAUCGUACGCUGACCUGAUUCGACGAACAGCUUAUUGGCUACGGCUGAUGAAUCUUCUACAAAUCCCAGCAGCAAAUCGUUCUCCAAACGGAUUCCUAACCACAGCGGAGCUGAAGGCUGCUGAAAAUGCUAUUCUGCGGAACGUCCAACGAGAAGUCUUCGCAGAAGAAUGGAGGGUUUUAUCGAAAGGAGAGUACGUAUCGAGGAAGUCACCGUUGAGGUGGUUUCAUCCGUUCAUCUGCAAGGAUGGAAUCAUCAGAGUAGGAGGUCGUCUGAAGAAUUCCGAUGAACUGGAAGGUACCAAACAUCCCGCAGUAUUACCAGCACGUCAUCAGUUAACCCGUAUGAUAAUGAAACAUUUUCAUGAGCGACUGUUACAUGCCGGACCCCAACUACUAUUGGGAGCGAUUCGGCUGCAAUUCUGGCCUCUUGGUGGGAGGAACGUAGCAAGAGAGGUAGCACAUCGGUGCUUGAGAUGCUACCGUACUAAACCGUCUACUGUCCAGCAAUUCAUGGGAGAGUUGCCAUCACCUCGUGUAACAGUAUCCCGACCGUUUACGAAAACAGGCGUGGACUACUUUGGCCCCGUCUAUAUACGACCAGCUCCGAGACGCGCGGCCGUGAAGGCCUACGUGGCAGUGUUUAUCUGUCUCGGUACAAAUGCAGUACACUUGGAACUCGUUUCUGACCUUUCAACAGAGCGAUUCAUGCAAGCGUUGCGACGAUUUGUGUCGCGGCGAGGAAAAUGCUCAGAUAUCUAUUCAGAUAAUGGCACAAAUUUCGUCGGCGCUAGGAACCAAUUGACCGAACUCUUCCGUUUGCUGAAGGAUCGAGAACACAACGAACGAAUCGCUACCGAGCUCGCCACGGACAGUAUUCAAUGGCACUUCAAUCCCCCGAGUGCUCCACACUUCGGAGGCCUCUGGGAGGCAGCUGUCCGGUCGGCCAAGAAACACUUGCUGAAUGUUAUCGGAGAAGCGGUAUUUUCAUUGGAAGAUUAUACCACGCUGCUAACGCAGGUUGAGGCCUGCCUGAAUUCCCGUCCGUUAACCCCAAUGUCGGAUGACCCAGAUGACUUGGAGCCGUUGACACCGGCGCACUUCCUUGUGGGCUCGUCGCUUCAAGCUCUUCCUGAUGUCGAACAUCUCACCGUCCCGGUGAACCGCCUGAAUCAGUUCCAAGUGAUCCAGCAGAAACUGCAGCAUUUCUGGGUCCGUUGGCGACGGGAAUAUUUGAGCCAACUGCAGGCCAGAACCAAAAGAUGGAAGCCUGCAAUUCCCAUAGAACCAGGAAAACUAGUUAUCAUCAAGGAUGAAAACCUCCCUCCGAUCCGUUGGAAGAUGGGAAGAAUCAUUGCUCUACACCCUGGCGAUGACAACAUUACCAGAGUCGUGACCGUUAAGACUGCCACCGGUGAGCUGAGGCGUCCGGUGGAAAGGAUUUGUAUUCUUCCUAUUCCAACCGAUGAAGAAGAACACGUCACCCAGAAUGUCGCGCUGUAA